CAACUUAUAAAUAAUGGAUUAUUUCCAUACACUUAUGACAAACUUUUUUUAAGAUAUAUUUUGCAUUGUGUUUGGAUGUAAUAAAACAAGGAGGAAAUUUCUAAGCGAGGUGGAUGUUCAGAUAAGAAUUUGAUGGGGUGGGAGUUAGGAAGGCAAACAGCUGCUUUCGGGUAACAAAAGGAAGCUUAAAUGCAAUUUUCUGAGGGGGCGGGGUGGAACAUUUAUCCGCCGCUACUGAUCCUAAAAAUGCACAACCCGCACUUUAAAUAAUUUAACCUCACGAAGUAAACAUUUUGACUGUCUAAUUGCAACAUUUAGCAGCGACAAAACCGAAGAGAAAAACUGGCUGAUAACUUUUUCUUCGACGUUGCAAAAAUUUGCAAUUCGGCGAUGGAAACGAUACUAUCGUUUUCAAAUUAUCUAUUUGUUGCAAUACAGAUUUUGUUACAGAUGGCCACACUGUCAAUUCAAAAAUGGUUGAGCUUAAAAGUUUAUUGGUGUUUCAGAUGUUAUACUUGUUGUUGUUAAACUUCAAUCUUUGUUUCCCUAACUUUGCUGUCAUAAAAUACAGCAUACAUGGAACUAAGUCCAACAUGCUGGCCCAUCAAAGACAAAAAGUUUAUAUUUUAUUGCCGAGGCACACCCGAAAGGCCCAUCCAAGGUAGACUUCAAACUCGAGAGCACCAUCAUCACGAUCAUCACCAUCACAACCACAACACAAACAACUCGUUCACAUUUUUCCAUGUUGAGGAUGAUUUGCGAGCCUUUUUCAUUACAAUUGGAAGGAGCCGACUGCACCAUCUGGAUUGGUUCGUUGUAGACAAAUGCGGAAAUUUCAUUCGAAAUGGAAAAUCCAUUUACGAAUACAAAACUGACUUCAGCUGUGUGUACAAGAGGAUCAAAUUUUUAGAGGGACUGCUUGAAGAAUGCUCGGAUGCAAAAAACGCCUCCCAUCCGGAGUUCAUGGUUUUGCAUUUUCCCCGGGCUAAAGCGCCCACGUUCACGGAGUCAGUUGCAGAUAGCAAUAUAUAUUUCAACUGGCUUAUCUGCUUUGCUGGCCUACUUCUUCUGUUCUUUUUGCUUAAAUAAAGAUGCAUAUCCAAAACACAAAGUUUAACAUUUUAUGUAUUUUGCAUUUUUAUUGAGUUUUUAUGUAUAAAACAAUAUCUACUCUUCCUUUUAUUGCGGGUUUCGUAUUCCUUUACUUGGCUUAUUUUUUUAAUUUUGUAUAGCAAUAAUUUUAAAACAAAUUGUUUUCAUACAAACAUUUAAUUGAUGUAAUCGUUCUGUUUAUCAAUUAUUUGCAUGUCUUCCCCGUUUUGUCGUUGGUGUUCACUUUUCGAAAGCAGCGCUGAGCAGUUUUAACGACUUAACUUUUAGCCAUUGGUUUAACGGACAUUUUCUAAACCAAUGUGGUGUUUUUUUGAGUGUGCUUUCAUCAUGUUUUUAGCAGCGCUGCAUGUCAAAAUAAACUCAUAGAUAUUUUUUUGUUUCGUUGCGAAACAUUCCUCACAGUUUUACAAACAAAACGAAAGCGAUACUUUCCACUUGAAUAUUUCAGUUUUAAUGCAAAUUUGAUUGCGUCUGUAGGAAUCGAUUGCAUAUUAAUAGUUUAAAAUUAUCUGGACGCUGUCGUUAAUGUUCUUAUUAUUGGGUGUUCAAAACUUAAAUCGAACUCAAAACGAAGCCGUUGGCCACUUUUUCUCAGCAGCGUUUUGAGCCAAAGUUAUGAACAAUCAUAUAUUUUUCAAUUUUAUCGUUUCUUUUUUUAUUGUUUUAAAGUUGCUUUUAUUUUUUUUUGGAAGUUUUUAGUAUAAGUUGCUGUUGGUUGGAAAAAUAGAAGUAUUGGUGUGUAUGCACUUGACAUUGAUUUUGUGGGACGUAAACAAAGACUGUGGAAAAUGUUACUUCUCUUGCGGCCUUAACAGUAGCUAGAAGUGGUUGUUGAUGGCACAGCGUCAUUUGAUAGAUAGAUUUCUUCAGGUGCAUUUACAUUUACAUUUUAUAUCACAAUUUUUUAAAUAUUAUAGGUGUAUGUAUUUAACAAAAUUGGUUUGCAUGUUAUGCUGUCAUUUACGCCCAGCUUAAAAUGUUGAGCAACUUGCAAUGUCAAGAGUUUGUUAGCUUUGCCCAGUGAAGUUGGCGAUAGUGUUUGUGUAUGUGUGGGUGUUAUAUAGUGUAGAGGAGUUUUCGUGGCCUUAAAAAAAUAUAUCUUUCAACAGUUUUGGAAAGAAAUAAUUAUCCACGGGGAAGACAUUUUGAAGGGGUUUUCAUGUACACACACAAAAGCUUAUGAUGAUUUCAAAUAGCGUUUGUGUGUACAUGUUAAUCUCUUCAAAAUAUUUUCACCAGCUUAAGUUGUGUUUAAGUUUAAAUUUCGGGUCAAACUAAUUGGCGAGCCGCUCGAAAUUUGGACAAUUUAAUUGGUUUUAUAAACUCAACUUAUUUUGGCUGCCCGCAUUCUUUUUUU